CACGGCAGAAGGACGGAUCUGUCUGUCUCCUCCUAGACGGAGCAGGUAGUCGGGGAUUCGCAGCGUCGACUCACCAUCUUCGCGUCGCCGCCGCCUUUCCAUCCCAUCCGACGACGUGGGCGCUGCCCCCGCCUCACUUUCCAUCCUGCAGGCGCCCGGCGCCCCUCCGUCAAUCAACGUCCUUCCCCUCCCCCUCCCCCUCCCCUUCCCCCUCCUUUUUUUUUUUUUUUGCUGCUAAUUGGGGCCUCUGUGCGGAACGCCAAACUGCCUUUUCCUUAACUACCUCAGCUUUCAUCCCAUUCCACCUCCCUUAAAGGGACAAGGCAGGUUCCGCCUCCAGAGGUCUCAUCUCCUUCCCCGUCCUCGGUCCGCCCCACAGGAUCCCCCAAAUUGCGGCCCAUUCUCUUUUUAGCCUGACUCCGAAGGCGGAGGAUUCAGGCACUCUGGGAGCCUAGUAUAAGGCGUCCCUCCUACGUGGGAGGCAAUUUGGUUCCCUUCCCUCGCCCUUAGCUUAAAUCGCUCAGUCUUCCCUUCCCCACCCCUUGCACCUUUGGCCCUUUCACCCUCUUCUCCUUCCUAAGUGCCCCCCCCGGUCCUCCCCGCCAGGAUCGUCCCGCCCCUGUCUGCCCGCACCCUCGGCCCUCGCCCUCUCUGUCUAUCUCCUUUUCUCUCAGCCCUCUGCCCCCUCUGGCUUCGCUCGCUCGCACGCACGCCGCUCUCGCUCACUCUCUGUCGCCUGUGCACUGUCCUUCUGACUGACUGUCUUCUGCUACUUCUGUCCACUUUUCUUCAAAACCCUCUUCACUAUCUCCCCAAACUCAUCCAAAAACAACCAGUCAACCCGCCCCGCCCCAAAGCCCGUCCACUCGAAUAAAAAAAAAAGACAAAAAAAAACCUAACUACGCCCCCAAUAUAAAAAGCCAGAACCAGCCUGACCCGAAUCCAAAAUUAGACCAAUGAUGAGAUUUCGUCAGCGAGGGAACAUGGCAAGAGGAGUCGCUUCAGGGUCGGCGGACGCGAGUGUCAGCACCCUACAACAGUCCCGCAGCAAGGAGGUGGGGAGUAGCAGUAGCAGCUUUGAGAUGGGUUUCCCAAUGAAGAAGAUGUUGCUGUUAUCACUCACCUUUUUGGCCUUUGCCUCGUGCUGCAACGCUGCUUACCGCCCCAGUGAGACCCUUUGUGGUGGGGAGCUGGUAGACACUCUCCAGUUUGUGUGUGGCGACCGCGGCUUCUAUUUCAGCCUUCCUGGCAGGCCCCUGAGCCGCGUGAGCCGCCGCCUGAACCGCGGCAUCGUGGAAGAAUGCUGCUUCCGCAGCUGCGAUCUGGCUCUGCUGGAGACCUACUGUGCCACCCCCGCCAAGUCCGAGCGAGACCUGUCAGCCUCUAUGAUGGCCCUCCCGGAAAACUUCCCUAGAUUCCCUGUGGGUAAGUUCUUCAGACUUGACACCUGGCAGAAGUCAGCCCGUCGCCUCAGGAGGGGCCUGCCUGCCCUCCUCCGUGCCCGCAGGGACCGGCUGAGAGCCCAGGCGCUGGAGGCGAUCAGAGAGGCCAAGCGUCACCGUCCCCUGAUCACCCUGCCCAGCGAAGACCCCAUCCGCACUGAUGCCUCAUCCGAAAAACCUGCCAAUCAGAAGUAACCUGGGUACCUGCCUGUCUGCCCCUGGGAUCGGAUUCCUCUUCAUCUAAACUCUCUCUCCUUUUCUCUCAACAAAUUUGGCCUCUUCUUCCAAAUGUCUUUCUUCCACACCCCCCACACCACUUCAUCCCCUCUCCUCCCACUCCUUGAAGCCAAGGGGCUUUGAGUAGCUGCCUCCCUGGUCAUCUCCAGGCAGCAUCCGGCCAUCACGCUGGCACCAACAGUGCGGGCCGCCAUGCCUUCCGGGGUCUUGGCCUUGGCCGCUAUCAUGUCUAUGGGAUUUUUCAAAGAGCCCAAACACCCAAAGUCCCCGUGGGCUCAGCUUCUCCUCUCCUCCCACGCUCCCCAGUCAGAUUGGCCUUGGACUGUGGACUUCUACAGCAGCAGCAGGAGAGGGCCUAGCCACCAAGAGAGGCUGUGGGGUGCUGCACCCUGGAGGGGAGAUCCAGUGCCCAUUCCACUGGGAGCUCAGCCAGGGCAGGGGCACCCGAGCCUCCCCUAUAGAUGUGAUGCCUCCCUACCCACUAUCACUCACUGGGGAUUCUCUUCAUUGGCACAUUCUAAAACUCAACCCCCAAACCACCCAUUUUUUUGAACCAACCUCAUGCUCUCUGCUCCUUUCCCACCAUCUACCAUCCCUGAGGAGGAAUCCCCAGGCUGACAGUCCAUUUUCAGGUUUCUGGUCCACUCACUUUUCUGCCAAGCUACAAUAUUCCGUGCCUACUUGCAUCUUUUGAGCAUCCACAAGUGAGAGAGAGGCAGAGAGGAGGCUGAGCUAGAGAGCAGAGCAGACGGGCCGGGGUCCCUGUGCCCUCGGCAAGGGCGUCCAGCUGCCUUUGCCAAGGCUCACCUUGGUCUAGCCCAGGCCUAGACCCUGUGUCAUCUUUCGGCAAAAGAGCUCCAUCUGGCCGAUCCCUCUUUUGUGUGGCGUCAGCCGGGGGACCCCAGUGCUCCUACAUCAGUGUGUUUAUGGUGCUAAAGUGAGUUGGCCGGGACAGAAGGGGAAGGAACACCUCAUUAGGGAACGGUGAGAGGGCAAAUCCUGACACACCUGGGCAGCCGGCUUUUCCUUUGGAGAAAAGUAGGAGAAUGCGAUUCUUUCUUCCUGCUUCCGAGGCACACGGUUUGGUGAACUCUUCCCCACUUUCCUCAUCACAUAGACUCGAGCACACACACACACACACACACACACACACACACACACACAUUCACUCACAUACAUGCAUGUGCCUAGCAUGUGCCCUCACACCUGACUUACACUUCUGAGCACACACUCGCCCAUGCACACACUCGCACAUCUCCAUGAAGGGUUACCAGACUCUGGCAGAUACCCCAAACAUGUGCCCUCCAGAUCCAGGAUCACCAGGCAUUCUUGGGCUUCCCUGGAAGAUGGCUCAUCCUCUCAGACUUCUGCCUUCCCCCUCAGAGAUCCUGCCAACCCCCUUCUCUCACACAGCAGGUAGCUUUUUUUUCUAUAGCUUUCUCCAGUGCCGCUCUGUAUCAUUCUUUACCUACAAAAAUCAGUCCCUUGGCCUCCAUUUUUUGUCCCCUCCCCGCCCCCACCCCCCAGCGCCUCUAGUCCCCUCCCCCCAUUUCUCCCCUGGCCCUGCCCCUUCUCGAAAGGUUGUGGGCACGGUCAGGCUGAGGGUGGGGAGGAGGGAGGAAUCCUGCUUUUGAGCCUCGUUUUCUUGAGGGUGGGAUUCCUCCUCUUGGGGCGACCACAAAAGCCAGAGCUGGGGGUGGCAAGAGGCUCCAGCAUUUUGAUUUGGACCAUUCGGCCUCCCUGUCCAGCAGGCCCAGCCUGAGGAGGCAUUACCUCCUGGGGGUGCGCUCUGACCAGCCCUCCUCCUGCGGGGAGGGCAGGUCAGGGUGAGAACCAGAACCCUGCCCCUCGCCUGGGCUUCCAAAUCCAACCUCCAAAUAGCUAGACAGCUGACUGACCGCCUUCCUGCCCUCAUCUGCCGCAGUCCGAGGGGGUGCUGAUGGCCCCCCUCAGCUCCAGGACCCUCUUCUAUCCAUUUCUCAGUAACCAUGCACCAUUGAGCCAAUACA